AUGGACGAUCGCACGCCCUUCCCCCUCUUCCUGCCCUCCUCUGGCUCUCAAGGAUCUGCUACCGCCCCGCUUCAUCGCGUAUCCACCAUCCCGCCCGCCUGCAUCCCCACUAGCAUGGCCGACGCCCUCGAGCGCGUCACCUUCGGUCCCAGGCAUUUCUACAAGAAGAAGAAGGAGGAAGUGACGAGCGAUUCGACGACGCGCAAGCGGCCUGCCAAAGCGGGUUAUGAUCCUCUCCCGAAGCGGCCAAGGCGCGAGCAUCCGUCUCUACCAAAGAACGGGGCCCUCCACUCUGCCAAAGCGGGUCCAUCAACUUCACUUCCUCCCGAGCAUCCGUCUCUACACAGGACCCUCGUCGCCUCGGCUCAACGGACCAGUUCGAGCGGUCAACGCAAUCCCGACUCGAGUGACGCCAAGCACUUUUGGGAGAUCCUCAAUUUGGAACAUGUCUUCACAUAUCAAUACAAUCCCGAGGUUGUCCCUCGACUGGUCCGAGGCCUGAUAAAGGUCGUCAACCACCUCACUACUUUGAGUUUGGACGAAUCGCUGGCGCUCAACGAGCUCGUUCAGUUCCUCUUUCAACUCGAAAACAGGCACUCGGUCUUCCUUCCCGAGCCAUUGAGGCAGUUCGAGCGGGGCAGCAACUCGUUCAAUUUUGACACUUAUGAGCAGCGGGACAAGAAGGGAGGGAGCGAUGUCGUUCGGCUGGUAGGCUAUGGCGGGAAGGAAGAAGGGUCGACAGCGUUGGCGUUCUCGGGUGAAUGUCAAGCGGCCAACAUUUACGCCAAACACCUCUCUCGUCUCGCGGCCAAUGACCCGUCGACUUCGUCUCGGCUAGAGAGCCGUAUUUAUCAGUACGCCCCGCCGGUGUUUUCUGGCGUCCUGGACCUUGCUGCCCGGCCUGAUCCGGAUUCGGACGCGGGGAAGGUGAAGUACCAAGUGACUAUCUCGACCAAGCUUGGCAUCGAACGCAAGGACGAUAUUACGCUCAGGGACCUGUUUGUGCUCUUCUACCUCCUCUUGGACAACGAUAUCAAGAUCAAGGUCGACCCCUCGACCGGCACGUCGUCUGUCAAAGGAUCAGAAGAAGUAAAGAAAAUGUUGUCCACUGCUAUCAUCAACAUUCUCGCUCAGGUGGCGCAAGAGUUCCACGUGAACCGAUGUGAAUAUAUCAACUUGGCCAUCCACGACUUCAGCGUCACUUUCCAGCUCAAGGACAAAAACCUCGCUCACGUCUCGCGCAUCGUCUUCCGCGAUCCCGCCACUGCCGAGCGGGACAUCCUGCACAAGGACGAGCUCGACAUCAUCUUGUCCGGUAUACGAUCCGAGACGGAUAGGGACGAGGCUGUCAAGAUGCUGUUGAAGAGAACGCCUUGGGAGACGGACCCGCAGCAUAGCCUCUUUGCUGUGCUUGUGGCCGGUCUGGUUUUGCCGGUCGGCGAGGACACUAAGUCAAUGUGGAUAAACGGAGAGAGUUUGAGUAAUGUGCAGCAGGCGAGUGCGACUGGCCCCACCAGCAAGGUUCCACCGCGAACGACGGGUUUGCCGACGACAACUACCACGACUGAUACGUCCCAGUCUGGUUCUACGGCUACCGGUGGCCCGUCCGCCUUCAAGAUGGUUUCCUAUCCGGCCGUUGCUACAGAUUUGCAAUCGCUCCAGCACACCGACACGACCCAUGCUCUGGUCAUGGACUGGUUGUCGAAAUACCGCUGGGAAGAAGAUCCAACAUGCCGCGUCCAGGUGUCUCGGGGCAAGACCAGCUUGUCGGAAUUCAGCGAUAAGUCGGCUUCUUCUGGCUCUCUGUCUAUUCCUUCCCUCACAACCGACGGGUCGGGCGCAUCGUCUUCAUCUCCCAUUGGUCCCUCAUCUCAUACGACCGCCACGUUCGUUGGCCCCGUCGUCUCUACCACGGGAGACGAGAAAUCAUUCUGGCGGGAGCCCGAGGACUUGGACGAGGAGGACUUGGACGAGGAGGACUUGGACGAGCUACUGCGCAAGACCGACCAUCAGACCGUUCUGUCCCUUUUGUCACGCCCAGACUUGUUGGUCGAAGUGCUCCAAUACCUAGGUUCCGGGAGGUUAUGGGAUGCCUACCGCGUCAAACUCUCCUCUCGCUCGACACUGUCACCGCCACAAAUCGUCGUGGCGAAAAUAUGUAAUCCGUACACGUUCACGCCGAGUGACGCGUACUACAAAACCCCCUCGGCGGCGGCCGACGCAAUCAAGAUCGAGCUCGACACGUUGAACCGCUUACGAGGGGUCCAAGGGGAGAUUGUCCCCCGAUUGUAUGGACGAUGGACGGGCAGGUAUCAGUUGCCCAAUGACGAGAUGGCGCGCUUGGAAUGUGUCAUGUUGGAAGACUGUGGGAUGCCCUUUGUCCAGUCUGACGAGCUUGAACUCGAGUCAUACUAUGACGACGUGGUGGAGACGUUCCCGACCUAUUUGUCAUCUGAUGUCCGACAACAGAUCAUAGAAAGCUACGAGAGGCUACACAAACAAGGGAUGUUGCACGGCGACGUCAACGCCCGGCAUAUCCUUCGUCAUCCGGUCGAUAACAGACCACGAAUCAUCGAUUUCGAGGGCGCGAUAUCUAUUUCCGAGGCCCAAGCAACGUACCCGGACUACGACGCGGAGGCGGAGAUGGAGAGGGUUCGGUGGAUGCUGCGCGCGGACGAGGAGCAUUGA